AUGGGGUCCCUCACCCAAGCCCCUAUUUCCCUCAGCUCGGGGCCCCUAUCCUGGUUCCCAAUGACCAGUUCCUUCCUUUGCUGGGGUGAGAGGGAGCAGGUCAGAGGGAGGAGGUCAGGAGGUUAUCAGAGAGCAGACCCCGUGGAUGUGCUGGAGGCUCUGGGUGUGCGGGGGGGCCAGGCUGGGGUCCCCGAGGGGCCUGGCCUCUGCCCCCAGAGGGUCCCAGAGGGCGACCGGGCAUUCAGGGUGGGCAAGGCCAGUACACUGGGCGUCCCCACGUGGGAACUGUUUCCAGAUGAACAGUUUCCUGAGAACUUCUCUGUCCUGAUCACCCUGCGGGGCCAGCCAGCCAACCAGUCUAUCCUUCUGUCCGUCUAUGAUGAGGAUGGUGCCCGGCAGCUGGGCCUGGCGCUGGGGCCAGCUCUGGGCCUCCUAGGUGGCUCCUUUAGACCCCUCCCCCAGCAGGUCAACCUCAUGGAUGGCAGGUGGCACCGCGUGGCAGUCAGUGUGGAUGGCGGCGCGGCGACCCUGGUGGCUGACUGUGAACCUCAGCCCCCGGUGCUGGGUCAGGGGCCUCGGUUCAUCAGCACAGCUGGACUCACGAUGCUGGGGAGCCAGGACCUCGGGGAGGAGAGCUUUGAGGGAGACAUCCAGGAGCUGCUGAUCAGCGCAGACCCUCAGGCGGCCUUCCAGGCCUGUGAGCGGUACCUUCCUGCCUGUGACCACCUGGACCCUGCAGCCACCGGGGCCCCCCAGGGUGAGCCAGAAACCCCUCCCCCCAAACGGAAGAGGAAGGGAAAGGGGAAGAAAAAAGGGCGAGGUCGUAAGGGGAAGGGCAAGAAGAAGAAGAACAAGGAGGCCUUGACUCUGGAUCCAUCUCUUGGCUCCCUGGAGAACCGGACCUCUACCGACAUCCCCAAGACAGAGGCAACAGCUCCAACGCUGCCUCCGACUCCCACGCCCUUGGUCAUCGCCACCACUGUGACCAUUGGCCGCAAUGUCACCAUCCUGGAGGAGGGGCUGGACCCUGACAGUGAAAAUGAACUGGGGACCCUGGAGACUGAUUUAGCCAGAGAGGAUGAGGAAGGAGACGGCCCCCCCAUGGGCCCCAACUUCCGGGCAGCAGAACAGCCAUCCCAGACUCAGUUCCACAUCUUCCCUGGUGCUGGAGAGAAGGGAGCCAAAGGAGAGCCUGCAGUGAUUGAACAGGGACAGCAGUUCGAGGGACCCCCGGGAGCCCCAGGACCUCGGGGGGUGCAUGGCCCCUCAGGCCCUCCUGGACCCCCAGGGUUCCCUGGGGACCCUGGCUUACCGGGCCCUGCUGGCCACCCAGGAAUCCCUGGCAUGGACGGACACCGGGGCCUACCGGGAACUGUGAUCAUGAUGCCGUUCCAGUUUGCAAGCGGCUCCCUCAAAGGACCCCCAGUCUCCUUCCAGCAGGCCCAGGCUCAGGCAAUAAUGCAACAGGCACAGCUCUCCAUGAAAGGGCCCCCUGGCCCGGUGGGGCUCACUGGGCGCCCAGGCCCCGUGGGUCUCCCUGGGUAUGCAGGUCAGAAAGGAGAGAUGGGAGAAAUGGGGCCACAGGGUCCCCGAGGCCUUCAGGGACCUGUUGGGCCCCCUGGCCGGCAGGGCAAGAUGGGCCGCUCUGGAGCAGAUGGGGCUCGGGGCCUCCCCGGGGACACAGGACCUAAGGGCGACAGGGGCUUUGAUGGCCUUCCAGGGCUGCCUGGUGAGCAGGGCCAAAGGGGUGACUUUGGCCAUAUGGGGCGGCCUGGUCCCCCAGGAGAAGAUGGUAAGAAGGGAGCAGAGGGACCUCCGGGGCCCACUGGCCAGGCUGGGGAGCCGGGCCCCCGAGGACUGAUUGGCCCCAGAGGCUCCCCUGGGCCCCCAGGCAGCCCGGGCGCGGUGGGAAUUGACGGUGCGCCAGGUGCCAAAGGAAAUGUGGGUCCUCCAGGAGAACCAGGACCCCCAGGACAGCAGGGGAACCCCGGGUCCCAGGGACUCCCUGGCCCCCAGGGACCCAUUGGCACUCCUGGGGAAAAGGGUCCCCCCGGACACCCAGGGAUUCCAGGCCUCAUGGGAUCUGACGGCCCUCCGGGUCACCCAGGUCACGAGGGCCCCACAGGAGAGAAAGGGACCCAGGGCCCAGCAGGGUCCGCAGGCCCGAGGGGGUAUCCUGGACCUCGGGGUGUGAAGGGUACCUCUGGCAACCGGGGCCUCCAGGGGGAGAAAGGCGAGAAGGGAGAGGAUGGCUUCCCAGGCUUCAAGGGUGAUGGGGGGCUUAAAGGAGAUCGGGGGCACCCGGGACCCCCAGGUCCCCGGGGAGAGGAUGGUCCUGAAGGGCUGAAAGGGCAGGAGGGGCUGCCUGGUGAGGAGGGGCCCCCAGGCUCAGCUGGGGAGAAGGGCAAACUUGGGGUGCCAGGUCUCCCAGGUUACCCAGGACGUCCAGGCCCUAAGGGAUCCACGGGCCUGCCUGGUCCCCUGGGGCCAAUAGGAGAGAAAGGGAGGCGGGGGAAGGCUGGGCAGCCAGGACUGGAAGGAGAGCGGGGACUGCCUGGCUCCCGUGGAGAGAGGGGGCAGCCGGGCACCACAGGGCCACUAGGCCCCAAGGGCGAUGUGGGCCAGGACGGGGCCCCUGGAAUCCCUGGAGAAAAGGGCCUCCCAGGCCUACAAGGGCCCCCUGGAUUCUCUGGGCCGAAGGGCCCCCCUGGCCCCCAGGGGAAAGACGGGCGACCUGGGCACCCCGGACAGAGAGGAGAAUUGGGCUUUCAAGGUCAAACAGGCCCACAUGGUCCAGCCGGCGUCGUGGGUCCUCAGGGAAAGACAGGAGAAGCAGGGCCUCUGGGCGAGAGGGGCCCGCCCGGCCCUCCCGGCCCUCCUGGUGAACAAGGUCUCCCGGGACUGGAGGGCAGAGAGGGGGCCAAGGGGGACCUGGGGCCGCUGGGUCCCCUUGGGAAGGAAGGACCACCUGGACUGCGGGGCUUCCCUGGCCCCCAAGGAGCCCCAGGGGACCCUGGACCUACUGGUUUGAAGGGUGACAAGGGCCCCCCGGGUCCCACCGGUGCCAAUGGCUCCCCUGGGGAGCGUGGGCCUGUGGGCCCCGCUGGAGGCAUUGGGCUUCCUGGUCAAAGUGGAGGCCAAGGCCCUGUUGGCCCUGCAGGCGAGAAGGGGUCCCCGGGCGAACGUGGUCCCCCUGGCCCCACCGGCCAAGAUGGGACCCCAGGGCCCCUGGGGCUUCCAGGGCCCCCAGGAGCUGCCGGGCCUUCGGGUGAGGAAGGGGACAAGGGAGAAGUGGGUACCCCUGGCCACAAGGGGAGCAAAGGCGAUAAGGGGGAUGCGGGCCCACCUGGACCAACAGGGAUACGGGGUCCUGUGGGACACCCCGGCUCCCCGGGAGCAGACGGGGCUCAGGGACGCCGGGGACCCCCAGGCCUCUUUGGGCAGAAAGGAGAUGAUGGAGUGAGAGGCUUCGUGGGGGUGAUUGGGCCCCCUGGCCUGCAGGGACUGCCAGGUCCUCCUGGAGAAAAGGGGGAGGUUGGAGACGUGGGGUCCAUGGGUCCCCAUGGAGCUCCAGGUCCUCGGGGUCCCCAUGGCCCUAGUGGAUCAGAGGGCUCUCCAGGGCUGCGUGGAGGAGUCGGUCAGCCCGGUGCUGUGGGGGAGAAGGGUGAGCCAGGGGAGGCUGGAGACCCAGGGCUGCCAGGAGCCCCCGGCAUCCCAGGGCCCAAGGGAGAAGUUGGUGAAAAGGGGGACACAGGCCCAUCUGGGGCGGCAGGACCCCCAGGCAAGAAGGGCCCCCCUGGAGAAGAUGGAGCCAAAGGGAAUGUGGGCCCCAGAGGGCUCCCAGGAGAUCUAGGACCCCCUGGAGACCCUGGAGUUUCGGGUCUAGAUGGUCCCCCAGGGGAGAAGGGAGACCCUGGUGAUGUUGGAGGACCGGGUCCACCUGGCGCUUCUGGGGAGCCCGGCCCCCCAGGGUCCCCUGGAAAGAGGGGUCCUCCUGGCCGCCUGGGUCCAGAAGGCAGAGAAGGGGAGAAAGGUGCUAAGGGGGAGCCAGGUCCUGAUGGGCCCGUAGGGAGGACAGGCCCCGUGGGGGCUCGAGGGCCCCCUGGACAUGUUGGGCCUGAGGGUCUUCGAGGGAUCCCUGGCCCUGUGGGUGAACCAGGCCUCCUGGGACCUCCUGGACAGACAGGCCCUCCUGGUCCCCUGGGGCCCUCUGGCCUCCCAGGGCUGAAGGGAGAUGCUGGCCUCAAGGGGGAAAAGGGCCACAUCGGAUUGAUUGGCCUCAUCGGCCCCCCUGGGGAGGCUGGUGAGAAAGGGGACCAGGGGCUGCCAGGCGUGCAGGGCCCUCCUGGCCCCAAGGGAGAACCGGGUCUCCCGGGCCCCAGUGGCUCUCUGGGCCCCCCUGGGCCCCCAGGCGUGGCAGGCCCUCUGGGACAGAAGGGCUCAAAGGGGGGGCCGGGAUCUCUCGGCCCCCGUGGAGACACUGGCCCUCCAGGCCCCCCGGGCCCCCCGGUAAGUUCCCCAGGGAUGAGGGUUGGAGUGUACCCACUGGUUCUCCCAGUGCUCAGGACCAGGUGGGGCACCCAGAUGUUCAGGGGAGGCAGGGGACCCACCAGAUGUUCAGGGAGGCAGGGGACCCACCAGAUGUUUCAGGGAGGCAGGGCACCCACCAGAUGUUCAGGGAGGCAGGUGCUCCCCCCGCCCCUCACCCGCCCCCGGCUCUGCGCAGGGGAAUACUGGAUCGACCCCAACCAGGGCUGCGCGCGAGACGCUCUCAGGGUUUUCUGCAACUUCACGGCGGGAGGAGAGACCUGCCUCUACCCCGACAAGAAGUUUGAGACAGUGAAGCUGGCUUCCUGGUCCAGGGAGAAGCCGGGAAGCUGGUACAGCACGUUCCGUCGAGGGAAGAAGUUCUCCUAUGUGGACGCCGACGGGUCCCCGGUGAAUGUGGUGCAGUUGACCUUCCUGAAGCUGCUGAGCGCCCGCGCCCGCCAGAGCUUUGCCUACUCCUGCCAGAACGCGGCUGCCUGGCUGGAUGAAGCCGCCGGCGACCAUGGCCGCUCCCUUCGCUUCCUGGGGACCAACGGACAGGAGCUGUCCUUCAACCAGACGGCAGCAGCCACCGUCACUGUCCCUUAUGACGGCUGCCGGCUCCGGAAGGGACAGACCAAAACCCUCCUGGAGUUCAGCUCUUCCCGAGCGGGCUUUCUGCCCCUGUGGGACGUGGCGGCCACCGAUUUCGGCCAGACCAACCAGAAGUUUGGGUUUGAACUGGGGCCUGUCUGCUUCAGCAGCUGAGCGUCUUGGGGGCGGGCGGGGCCACGAGGGAGCCCCAGCUGGGGCACACUUGGUGCUGAGGCUUUGAAGCCACCAUAUUUAUCGUCUCCUGUGCCUGUGGACUCAGAGGGAAGUCUACUCGUCAUGGUCAGACAAUGUCCCUUCUCCACUCCCCGGGGCUGCGGGCCGGACUCCCCUGGCCCAGGAGUCCAGCCUCCCCACCCCCUCCUUUGCUGGAGUGAUGCAGUCUUUCUCCCCUCCCUGCCCAUUCCACCCGCAACUCCCACUCCGGAUCCCCCACGCAACGAACUUCUAAUUCAGAGCUGAGUGCCCCCACACCUGUCUCCCUUCUCAGGCAGUGCCCCAACACCCUUUGGUGCUACCCUUCCCCCUAGUUAAGCACUGGACGUCUCCUGAUCCCAGGCUGGGCCCCUUCCCUCAUUCCUCUUUUCAGGUGGGUUCAGAGAGAAGGAACUGAAGUCAGACCACAGAGGGAAGUGAGACUUGCCUGGACUGAGCUGUGUAUUCCUUUGGCUGCCUCAGCCCAGCUCUGAAUACAGGCCCCCUCAUAUCUCACCAAGCCAGAUGGCUGGGGGACCAAGGUGCGGGGUCAAUCAGGAUCCUAAUGGUGCUGCCCUAUUUAUACCGGGAUCUGUAUUAAAAGGGAAAAUCCCCUCUGUUAUAUAUUUAAUCUGCUUCCUCCUCACAGAAGGCUGGGAUAUGAUGAGAGAGGUUCUAGCAUGAUCCCCUCCCCCACCUCCCCAGGGCAUCAUUGGCUUCUCAAGUCUGAGAAUAAACCACUGAACUGUGUCCCUGUCUGUGUCCUUCAUCUGGUGCUGCCCGCAUCUUUCUUAGGGUCUGUCUAUGGUGUCACCUGAGGUAUUGCCAUCACCUGUCUUAAUCGUGGUGUUUGGUGGAGGUGGUUUGAGGGGGUGGGGGAACCCAAUUCUAAUGGGAUUCACUGGAGGUGGUGGGCCUGUUUAUUAACUCAGGAAAAGUUGAAAAUAGCUAGAUCUCUAAGAGAGUAGAUCUUAACUUUUCUCACCACAAAAAAAAAUAAAGAAUAAUUAUGUGAUGUAA